GUUGGCUGGUUUGAUUGUAAUCAUUACUCCGAAUUACCAUCAUAAUCAGCCCAGAAGGGUACUCAGCUCAAGUACAAAUGACCUAAACGACCGGAUCCCUAAUCCUUCCAUCCCUUUCCUCCCUUCCCUCACCCUAAUCAUCCCAUUGAUCGGUUAAUUGAACGAUCGCCGUCAGCCCUUACCUCCUUUCUUUUCAAAUUAUUUAUGGACGUCAUUCGCACCAUUCAGCCGGACGGAGAAAGGCAAAAUGUAGAAAGGAUCGUCUUUCUCCCUCCUGCCUAUAAUGAUCUAGGCAAUGCCCCUUCUCCAUAUGCAGAAGCGGCAAGGAGCAACGAUGGAGCUCCUUUGACAUGGCAAUGGAAAGUGGCCAAAUAUCAAGAGAGCCUAAAAAUCACCUCUAGGGAAACAUAUAUUGCUCAAAAGAGACUUCAGCCACAAGCAAACCGGCCGAGUGAGCCUUCCAAUGAGAUAUCUGUCAGCACUGCUCAAAUAGUAGAACAGGGGGACGCAGACCGAGCCUCCUUGGCGCAAGAAGAUACGUUGACAAGAUCUGGCACUCGUACAAUCCAAGACGAAUCCGUACCAGACUCGUUAUCUGUGAGAAAGAACCUUAACGAUCAAUCGAACGAAUCUGCACCGGAGCAUGCUCAAACGACAGUCUCUUCCGUUGCUGCUGCUGCGCCGGAGAGGACUAUAGAACCGGAAGAAUCAGAUCCCAGCGAUGCUCAUGCCGAAUCACACAACGAUCAGCCCAAUAUAUCAACCAAGCAAACACGAUCGAAGAAUCUGCCGCGAGCAAAACUGGCUCUCGGUCCUGCUCGUCGGGUUGGAAUCUCAAAGAAGUCUAGCACAGUACGACCUGUCUUCCUCAAAGAUCUGGAAGAGAGCAAGAGAAAGGCGAGGGAAUCACCCAAAGAUCAAAGUCUGAUGCAAAGCAUUAUCAACGAAAGCGAGUCUGGUCAAGACGACCUCGUUUCAAUUGCAGCACCGACAACUAUCACAAAUGUAGCAGAGACCACUGCCGGAUUCGAGUCUAUCGCACCUCCUCCAGCGUAUCGCUUCACUCUAGCAGAGUUGACGAGUAUUGCCUCCCUGCUCAAUGAUAACGACGAUACCCGGCCAGGACAGUACGAGAAUGAUUACAACAUGCAUCAGCCUUUGAUCAGUUUACUGGCAAUCGUUCGUCGAGUUGGACAGCUGGAGUACGUGAGAGAUUGGAAGGCGGGUUAUAACAAGCAAAUGGGAAGAUGCGAAGUUGUGAUUCAAGACGGUCAAGGAUACACCCUGAAAGUCGUAUUGCAAGGCCUGUGUGCGGAGAUGUGGGCAGGCUUUCACGAUAUCACGGAUCAAUCAGCUUCCUCCUAUGCAUUUUCAGCUGCCGAUGAUCAAAGUGGAUACCUUGACUCACGUUCAUACUUUGAUUUUGACAAAGGCUUUGAUUCUGCAUCGAUGCUGGCAAAACGAGAAGAUUUACGCCUGAUGCCUUUGCAAGAAGGCGAUGUAGUGCAUCUUGACAAAUUACGAAUGGCUAGAAAGAGCAACCAACGACUCCAAUCCCGUCAAGAUGCAACAGAAGUCGAACAAAAUGGCACAAGCCUAUAUGCUAUUGCUUCAGAGACUAAUCGAUCAACACUUGAAGUCUGUUGGAGAUCUACCGGACAUCGUCAUAAGAUAUUUGAUGCUCAUCUGCCAUACAUUGAUGGUCGAUGUGAUGCUAUUUAUAAACUGCAUCAAUCCUGGCUAUCCUUUCAAUAAAGGAAGGAUUGUAUAAAAUUGCUGCUGUAUUUCAUAUUGCAUAUUCUCUUUGUACUUAUAUCUUGUAUAAUAUUUUGCAAUGCUUCAUUUUAUUGACAC